UAUGUGAUAAAUUUGUAUAAUUAUUUCAGUACUCUGCGUAAGAUGGUCAAUGAGCAUCAGACUAACUGGGAUGCCUUUUUGGAUGGAGCUUUGUUUGCCAUGAGAACCAAACCACAAUCCAGCACAAAGUACAGUCCAUUCUUUCUUCUGUAUGGCCGAGAAGCAAGGUACCCAAGUCAGCUCCCAAAAGACUUUGGAAACAACUUACAGGCUGAUCAUGAGGCAUCGACAACAACGGAAGAGGCCAAACGUCAAUAUGUUGAGCAGAGGGAAGAAGCCUCGCUGAGGAUUGCCCAGACAGCUAAGGUGAACAUUGAUAAAGCCCAUGAAAAGCAAAAGAAAAACUUCAAAGAAAGACAGCGAAAAGGGAGGCGUUAUGAGGACAUUUGUGUGGGAAAUAUGGUUCUGAUUCAUAAUGCAAGGAAGGCUGCUACAAAGAAGAAGGGAAAUCUAGAUCCGAACUACCAUGGUCCAUAUAAAGUAGUCAAUAUAGAUGGCAAGUGUGCCACUCUUCAGAACGAUUCAGGACAUACUCUAAAGAGGAAAACAAACAUAGACCACCUGAAACUGUUCAAAGAUCAGACCGCUCAUGAGACAGAUUUGUGUGCGCAGGACACCUGUGACAAUACUUCUGAAGAGGGUACAGUUUCUUGUAUGCAGGACACUGUUGGGAAAUACAUUGAAGAUGUCAGUUCAGAUGGCAGUCUGAAUGAACUUUUUAAGUUUAUAAGUGAACUGAACUUAUCAAAGAUAUCUCUGAACACUUUAGGUUUUCAAUAUCACCACUGUCCACAACAGAGUUUCUUGAAGGAGGUUAUCAGUGUAUCGGAGGCAGAGUUAGAGUGCUUUGGUACACUAUUGUUACCUCAUCUGAGACAUUUGGAUUUGGACUUGUCAGUGAAAACAUCAGUGGCUAUGCUUACAUCUGCAGUAUGUGUUAUGGCCAGUCAUCAGUUUCAGCCACUGAUGACCAUUGCACAAACACUCAAGGAGGUACCAAGCCAUCUUGAGGAUGUUGACAUUCACGAGAUCCCACAACUCUACCCAACACAAAGACUCACAGUUGGCGGCGAGACACUAGAGGCGGUGGACAUGGCAACUCUAGAGGAUGGGAAGUGGAUAAACGACAAGGUCAUCAACUCCUUCUUGGCACUGAAAAAGAUGGAGCAGAACACAUCAGAAUCAAACAGACACAUUUAUGUCCUUCCCUCGUACACAGCCGUUCAAUGGGAUCAAGGUCACCUGGAUCACUGGAUGUUUAAGAAGGUUCAGUUCUCCAAAUACACUCAUGUAUUCCUGCCAAUAUGCAUCAAUGGGAAUCACUGGGUGUUGCUGGUUGCAGACGUAAAGCAAAGACUUGUCUACGUUCUGGACUCUAUGAAUGGGGAGGUUGGUCAGAAAUGGACAAGGAUGUGGGCAGAAUUCAUGGCCAAUCGGGACAGACUUCCAGAUGUUACUGAACAGUUUGGUGUGUGGAACUUCCCGGAGAUCAGAAGCAGCAAACAGACCGACAGUAAUUCAUGCGGUGUGUUCACCCUGAUGAAUGCGGAAUGCAUUGCCAAGGAUGUUCCCAUAGCAGUCAUGAGACAAGUGCAUUGCCAAAGAUAUAGACAAUAUGUUAAGGCAUCUUUGCUCAAUGCUGGAGCAGCAAAGUCGGACUCUAAGUGUGACAUGCCAGAUUGUAGGAUACCUAAAGGACACAAAAGAUGGGUCCAGUGUUGCGUGUGUGGACGUUGGCUCCACACAAAGUGUUGCAGGAUUCCGACAAAGGCAGCCAUCGAGGAGGAAUACGAAUGCUGCUUCUGUGAAGCCAUGUAUAGAUAGACAUUCAUAGCUUAUUAUUGCUACCAAUUGGUUUGGAAAAGCUUCCUCUUCCAAUUUCUAUUAGGACUGGUCAAAUUUGAUGAACAAUGUGUUAUGGUGUAGUUUAUCUGUCUGUUAAUUUUUGUUAUCUCCUACAUUUUUCUAACAAUCUCUUUGAAACUUGGUAUUCAUUAUAAUUAUGAUAGGAAAUUGUAUUACCCUGAAAAGGUUUUAAUUUCAUUAUUUUUGAACAAGUUUAUUUCAGUGAUGAAAAUUCUUGUCACAUCAUUCCUAUUUUUAUCCUGCCAUCAUCAGAUGGUGGACUAUUCAAAUCGCCCUGCAUCCAUCAUCUCUAUGUCCAUAACAAUCCUUGUUAUCAUUAUGUCAAAGUACUGGAGGUACAUUUCUAUAACAUGAUGAGUAGGUUCCCCUUAGUUCCCAGUUGUGUUAAAACAAAAUGACUGACAGGUGGCCAUCUUUGAUUUUGAGAACUAGAAGAUUUUUGUAGCUACAUUGUAUUUCUUAAAGUACUGGAGGAGUGUUUUGCAAACUUCACUUGUUCUUGUCAUCAGAUUAUGAAGAGGGAAAAAAAAGAAAUGGAAAAGUAAUGAAAUCAGUCUGACAUAGAACCAUUAGAGAUUGUUCAAUGGUGUACACCAAGAUUCCCCUGGUCUCCUGUUAAUUAGAAAAAUGGAUAUAAAUAAUUUCUUGAAAAGUACUGAAGGAAUAUUGCUCAAAUUUUGCUUGUAGGUUCCCAUUGGUAUCAAGUUGUGUCAAUUCAAUUUAGAUUUUUGAUGAGAAAAAUAGAAUGGUCGUCAGACACCCAUCUUAGAUUUGAAGAAUUAAAGUUUGUUAUAUUAUCACUAUUUCUUGAAAAGGGAUGUUUCUCAAACUUCACAUGUACAUGAAGGUUCCAUUUGUUCUUUGAAUCAGAAUAUUAAGAAAGAAAAAAUAAGGGAGAGUUAUAGAAGAUCAGUGUGACACAGAACCGAUCAUUGAAUUGUGGGUACCAAUUUUCCCCUGGGAUCACUCGUUAGCCUCAAUUUUGAAAAUUAAUUGAUAGGCUUUAUAUAAGAUAUGAAGUUGUUUCAUAUGAAUGUUUCUACCCUUUGUUCAUUUGAGCAUUUUAUAGUUGUCCUAAGAUUUCCAUUUUUUUGUGAACAUGGAAUGCAUUAUAGUCAUAGUUAUAUUCCCACCACAAAAAAAUUUUGGAUUGGUCCAAUGAAUACUUUAAUAUUAUUACUGGGGAGGGGGUAGACUUUACAAUAGUUUAUAUAGGGAUGACUUUCCACAUUUUUGACAAUCAUUUAAUUGUUGACAUUUAAUUUGUUAACAUUAUCAGCAUUGGAUGACAGCUUAAUGAUAUGCACAUGUUGGCCCUGACAGACCCCCAGGGACUGAUGUGUGGGGCUAAAAAGGGUCAAUUAGAUUAACUGAAAUAUUUCAAAUCUCAGGUGACCGUUAAGGCCCAUGGGCCUCUUGUUAAUUUGUAGAUUUCUUUUGCAUCUAUUACAUUUACUUUUUUGUAACAGAAUCUGUAUUAUAUUUUCUUGUGUCACAAGAUUUGGAAUUAUAUGUAAAUUGUAUAUAUCAUUGCCACACCAAAUGAAAUUUUAUGAUUCAUUUGUCAAGCUAUGACUGUUACACUUUUCAGAUAUAUAAGUCAUUAAAAAGGAGGAAACAUUUCAAAAACUAUAGAAAUGUUAUAUAUAUAAAAAAUAUUAAAACAUUAAAUUCAGUGAAGUUUUCUUUGAUGUUCUACUUCUAAGAUGUAUGAUCCCUGUGCUUGCUUUUGAUGAAGUCUAUUUGGAAUUUCAUUAGUAGGAACAAUUGGAGUUACAAAUACUUUGGUGUGGCCUUCAUUCUCUAACUUACAUAUAAAGUUAUUAAGUCACUUGCUUCGCUAUGUAGCUUGUAGCUGUGACAAAUGAAAUAUUCAUUAUAACUUUUCCUUUGUGCUGAAUAAAAUGUGAAAAGUACCAUAA